UUGACAAGAAAUUUCACGAGAAUAAAAGCAAUUCGCUAUAAGCACUGUGUGCUUUUUUCUGAAGAAGUGCCCUUAAAACAAGCUACCUACUACUACUACUACUACUACUACUACUACUACUACUACUACUACUACUACUACUACUACUACUACUACUACUACUACUACUACUACUACUACUACUACUACUACUACUACUACUACUUCUACUACUACUACUACUAUUAUCAGCUACUACUAACAGCUGAAUACCGCACUGUAUAA